AAGGUCCAUUUCCACUCCUCCGUUCUAUUUUUCAGCAUUUUGGAAGUAAGUUCUCCGGUAGUUUUGAUCAGAAAUCUUCUGAAACAUCCAAAUCCUCAUUUCAUUUAUAUUAGUCUCAGUGAAACAACAAUGGAGGUCUCCAAGAAGAAACCAGCUGCUGGAGUUCCAGCUGCCAAAGAGCCAGCCCCGACUUUGGCCAGUGGAAAAUACACAUUCUCCAAAGCCGAAGCUCUUCGCCGCUAUCUAUCGAGGAAGCAGGCCAGGUCUGGUAAACGAGUUUCCAAAGUUAAGCGUGAUGAGCAAAAGAAGAAGCCCAAGUUUGUUGAGAAACCAUUCAGCAAGGGAACCAGGAUUGUUAGCUUGAAGAAGCGCCCCAACAACUACCCCUGCAAAGACCAUUCAAAGCCCAAAUCAAAGGUCCAGAAGAAGCAUGGUGCCCCUAAGGUUCGCAAGUCUCUUCAGCCUGGAACAAUUCUUAUUCUGUUGGCUGGUGUUCACCGAGGAAAGCGUGUGGUACUCUUGAAGGCCUUGAAAUCUGGUCUUCUUUUGGUCACUGGACCAUACAAAAUCAACCGCGUUCCCAUCCGUCGUGUCCAUCAGAACUAUGUUAUUGCCACUAGCACUCGUCUAGACAUCAGCAAAGUUAAGAUCCCAGAAACCAUCGACGAUGCUUAUUUCCGCCGUAAGCGUGAGAAGCGCGCAAAGAAAGCCGAGGGUGACAUCUUUGCCAAGAAGAAGAAGACCUACAAGGCAUCUGCCACUCGCAAAGCAGACCAGAUCACCGUCGACAGACAGCUGCUCCGAUCCAUGUUAAAUUCGUUAGGUGGAGCUGAGCGUAAGGUUGUUCUCAAUUACUUGAAGUCACGCUUUGGUCUGUCCACCGGCCAAUACCCCCACACGCUUAAAUUUUAAAGUUGAAUUGAGUGUGUAUUUGGAGACAGUCGUCAAUAAACGAUUUGACUGUGAA